ACAAGGAAAACCGAUUUUAAAAAUAUGUUAAUCUAGUUCAAGAUUUCUUGUUUGUAUUGGCAUUGGGUAGGAAUAUUUAUGUAAACAAAACCUUGCAUGGAUCCUUUAUUCUGCUGAGUCCUUUAAUUUUUGUAAUCAAAAGAUUCCAUUUUUAUAAAAUAUUGUUGGAAAUGAGUACUAACUACAAAUAUUUCUUUCAUUGUUAAUUUUUUUUCCUUUUUUAACAUCUGUUGAUCACAAUUUCUUGAAAAUAAGUUAUGGCAAGUUUCGUUACGAAUGGUUCCAUAAAGAAAACAUUUCAAACAGUCAAUGAACUCUUUAAAGAAUGUUUUAAUUACUUCGAUGUUUAAAAAAGAAAUUAUUCCUAAAUACAAACCAUGAUAUUUUAAACUGAUCUUAUUUAUCUAUACACAUAAUGCUCCUGAUAUCAAAAGUAAGCUUAUUAAAGUCUCUUCCCUGCAAAAAAUUGGAAAUUCAUUCUGCCAUUUUGCGACUUCAUAAUUUUAUUUCUCAAAGUAAAUUCGUCCAUUCUUGGAAAGUUGUGUUUUAUGGCACAGAUGAGAUAUCCAAAGUUUCAUUAGAAGCUUUGCACCUAAACAGAAUGUCUUCAGAUUGUGAUAGAAUUGUUAAUGAUAUUGAUAUAGUGUGUAUCAAAUCAGAUUGUCCAGUUCGACAGUAUGCAACUCUAAAUAAUAUGACAGUGCACACCUGGCCAUACUUUCUUCCUUCUAAUAUGUAUGAUGUUGGAGUAGUGGUUUCCUUUGGACAUAUGAUUCCAUCUGAAAGUAUUCUUGCAUGUAAAUAUGGCAUUAUAAAUGCUCAUCCUAGUCUAUUACCUCGAUGGAGAGGUGCCGCACCUAUAAUACACACUAUCUUAAAUGGAGAUAUUGAAACUGGAGUGACUAUCACGCAAGUGUCUCCUAAUAAAUUUGAUGUUGGAAAUAUUUUGAUGCAAGAAAAAUACAAAGUGCCUCCUGGAUGUUCUGCAAAAACUCUGACAAAAGAACUUAGUAGAAUUUCUGCCCAUCUAAUAAUGAAAACAUUGAAAGCUUUACCUCAUUAUAUUGAACACAGCUAUCCACAGACCAAGGAUGGAGCAACCCUUGCUCGUAAAAUCAAACCUCAUCAAGGCAGUAUUGAUUGGGCAAAAGAAUCAAGCCUGCAUAUAUAUAGAAAAUAUAAAGCUUUUAAUGGGUUUUUUGAUAUCUACACAUUUUGGACAGAUAAGAAAAUAAUUCUUCUGGAAUUUCUUGAACCACAGGAAGUUGAAAAUGCAAAGAUUCAAAGUUUAAUAAAAUAUCCAAUAUCUCCAGGAUUUUGUUAUUUCCAUAAAAAGAGGAAAAUUCUCUUUGUUAAAUGUCAGGAUGGAUGGUGUGGGAUUUUAUCUGUUAAAGUACCCAAAAGAGGCAAAAUUUCAGCUCAGGACUUUUAUAAUGGAUUUAUAUCUAAAAUGGAACCAAGCCAUAGUUACUUUCAUGCAAAUGAUAAUAAAUCUAUUUGAAAUUA